AUGGAAAAAUCAGAGAAGCGUGCGGUCAUCAAAUACUAUUAUUUAAAAGGCCUAACACCAUUACAAAUUAAAGAAGAGCUGGAUUCCACACUGAAAGACUCUUCUCUAUCAUAUUCAACGGUUAAACAGUGGGUUUCUGAAUUUAAGAAAGGUCGCACGAGCACUUCUGAUGAUCCACGUUCAGGACGCCCCGUUGAGGUCACAACUCCCGAAAUAAUUGAAAAAAUUCAUAAAAUAGUGAUGGAGGACCGCAGAUUAAAAGUAAGUGAGAUAGCUGAGGCUACUAGGAUGUCAACUGAACGUGUACGCAAUAUUUUACAUAAACAUUUGAGCAUAAGGAAGCUCUGUGCUAGGUGGGUGCCGCGUUUGCUAACGGUCGAUCAAAAAUUCACCCGGAAAACUGUUUCAAUCAAAAAUUUGGCGCUGUAUAAGCAAAACCCCAGCGAAUUUUUGUGUCAAUUUAUAACUGUGGAUGAAACUUGGAUUCACCACUACACUCCUGAAAGUAAACAGUCGAAACAAUGGAUUGGACCAGGUGAACCAACUCCAAAGAAAGCAAAAACAAUUUUAUCGGCGAAUAAGGUUAUAGCGACUGUUUUUUGGGAUGCAAAAGGAAUUAUUUUCAUUGAUUACCUGGAGAAGGGUAAAAUCAUCACUGGUCAAUACUACGCAAAAUUAUUGCAGCGUUUGAAAGACAAA